AUGCUCAUAUGCAUGCGGAUGCGGAUGCCGGCGACCCUUAUAAAAGCUAUAUAUGUUUUAGAUAAUCCACAUAGGGACUUGGACAAGAUGAUGGUGAAAGAGGCCAUAGUGAAUCUUGAAUGGCCGAGCAGCAACAAUAUCAGUUGGUCACUAAUAAUGGAAGGCAUGGAAUCUUUCAACAAUUCCGAUGCAACGAUAGUAGCAGACUUGGAGAAGAUUGUGAAGAAGAAGGUGAACAACGUCGUAGGGAAGGUUGAAUGGCCAACAAUCUCCAAAAACAAUACCGGUUGGUCACCACUCCUGGAUGCCAUUCAUUCUUCAAACUUUUCCAAUGCAACGACAAUAGCAGACCUGGACAAGAUGUUGAAAGGCGUCAUAGAGAAGGUUGAAUGGCCGGCAAAGACAAGCAACAAUACCAGAUGGUCACCACCAAUGGAAGCCAUGGAAUCUUCCAACUAUUCCGACGCAUCGAUAGAAGCAGACCUGGACGAGUUGGUGAAGUUCAUGGUGAAAGAUUUUGUAUUUGUUUAG